CUAAAAUUCUGGUUGGUAACGAAGCAGCGAAGGAAACGUCAGGUUAACUGCAUUCUUGUUGAUCGCUGUUCUCAAUUUUUUUUUUUUCGGUGUAAAAUUAUGAACGACGACGAAGGAAUCGACUUCCAAAAACUUGAAAAAGAGCUUGCUUUAGCUGUAGAAGCCGACGAAAAAUAUCUGCGAGAAAACGACGCGAAAUUUCGAGCUGUGAACCAGAGAGUUGGUAGCUAUGAGGAGUUUCGAGACAUCGUGUGCGCAGCUCAUUUGAAACCUCUGGAAAGAAAAGAUAUCACAGGUGAAAAUGCACGCAAACAGCCCUGGAAUCCACACGCUCAAGGUAAAUCACAGACAGUAGCAACAACACCAGCAACACAAAGUUCUACUUUGUCUUCUUCAUCACAAAAUCCUAAAACUGCGCAUGAAUUUACCAAAAUUUGGAAACGUCACUGCAAAACAGAGGAGGAAAAAUACCAACUUCUGUUAAAACUUGGAGGUGAUGAACUUAGUACAAUUUUCAAGGCAGAGAUAAGUAUGGGUCAUCUAGGAGAAUUUCUCCUGAUUCUUGACAAUUGUCUGGAUGAAAAGGACUCCCAUGCUAUUUUAAGUAUUCUAACAGGACUUUCUAGAACAAACAGAUUUGAUCUUUCUCUUAAGUUUUUUGGGUAGGUAGAAAAAAAGGCAGCAUCUAGUCUCAUCAAAAGACUGGAGGAUGUAAUCUCUGGAAAAGAAACUUUUGACAAAGAAAGCGAAGAAGAAAAAAGAAAUGAUUUGAGAAGACUUCAAGAGCUGAGUGAAAUAUAUGGAAUCACCUUGUCAAGUUGAUCAGCAAUAGUGAUGAUUUCCAAAGCUCCAAGUCCGUUCGCCAGAAGGCAAGAACCAAGAACCAAGAGAGCUAAUGACUUCAUAACUUCAUAACUUUUAGAUUUUUAGAUUAAUUAUUACAUAGACUGUACAUUACUAUACUUUAAUUAGAUUUAACAGUUUUGUAAAUGAUACCGCUUGAUAAUUCAGUUUGUACAUAGUUUCAACUGCAAAGAGUGGAUUAAAGGAUAAUUAUUAUUAUUAUUAUUAUUGAUAUUAUUAUUAUUAUUAUCUCCUAAUGAAUCCUUUUCUUGAUUCAUGGGACUCUUCCUUGUAACUGGUAGCACAUAAAAAGUCUUUAUUCACUACAAGAAAAUUUAAUUAUCUUGACAGUGUAAUUGUUCAUGGAACUUGAAGGAAGACAUAAAUUUUUGUAAUAUUGUCCAGAAAAAACCUUGAGCUCUCAAAGAGAUACAGUUGAAUCUGUGGCAAUGUAUCUAAGGGUCAUCCUGUACAAAGCUGCCCUUCUUCAGUCCCAAAAUCAUUCCCCCUUGAUCACAGUUACAGUAGUUUUCACCUCUAUUAACCAUUUGACUUACUUGAGUGACCAAUACAGAAUUUCUCCUUAAAAUAUCAAUGUAAUUCCAAGCAGACAAGUGACGAGAAUAGAGAAAAAUAUCAAUAAGCAGAUUUAGUUGAUCCAAUACCAACUUCUCCAAACUAACAUCUUGAGAAUUGUAUAGCAGAGAGUGAGGAGAAUCACUUAUGAGAUCUUGGCGGGCGAAAGUGUCAUGGUCACCCUUGAAAUAAAAACUCGUAUCCCCAAGUCGUCUUAUUUUAACAUGACUACCCUGGGCUGAGGCAUUAAUCAUAUCCAUAGACACAACUUCAUUCAAUUUUUUUUUAAUAUUUAUUGAUUGUUCAGGCUGGAAUAAUUAACCAAAUCAACAGGUGGAAAUCUUUGCUCUGAUACACUGGAAAUAGAUAAAUUAAAUUGCACCUGCAUUUUGCUGAUGGAAAUAACCAAGUUGUGGAAUGGACACUACAUUUGUACUACAACCACUCUGAUCCGCUUUUCACUGACUAACCAACACUCCUUGUUGGUGCUGUAAUUUCUUUUCUCCAUGAAUUCUUAGCUGAACUGGUCUUAAUCUGUUUUUGAGAGUGUUGAUAAGUGUUCAAUUUAAGUGAAGCAUCAUGGGUAAAGAAUAGACCAUUUCACAGGUGUACUUAGUUGCCAAGCCUCUGAUUUGUAGCAAGGCUGAAGGUGACCUUGCUGUGUUAAACACCAGUAUCUAACUAGCAUGAUAAAGACAUUUACACUUGAAAAGCAGCUACAUCUGUGUCAUAACAAGGUCACCCUUAGCCUCACUCCUGUACAAAGGCUUGGCAAACAGGCACUGUAAAAAUUGGAGCACCACCAGACAUUGCUCUACCCAUGGAAUCCAUUUUUAUCUCUGUAGUAUUGAGUAUGAGUGGUACAUCUAAGCAAUUUGUGGAAUUUAUCAAAUAAUAGGAUUGCAUUUCUAGCUCACUGAUUUUCAUAGCAAGACAAGACUCAAUUCUCACAGGAAUUUUUAAUUUAUUUGCUACAUUGUAAAUCCAGAUACAGACAAAUGAAAGCAGUAUACUACAACUGUUUCUCUUCUCACGUGAAUUUUUAAUUAAUUCACUGCAUUGCAAAUCCAGAUACUACACGUUUGUUUCAACUGAUAUGCAGUCAAAGAAAGGUAAAGUACAUGUUUUAUAUCAUACAAUAGUUGACAAUAUCUGACAUCAGAUUUUACUAAGAAAAUAAAUUUGAUACUUAUUCAAUUCCCAUAUUGAAUCUACUCAGCUAUUUCCCCUUGAAUGAUCAACAAUCUUAAAUUAAAUCCAGCUUAAUUUUUUUGUCAGGUAACAAAUAACUAAAUUGUUACACUAAAAGAUUGCAAAAUGUAAUUAUCAGAAUUUUGUCCUUCUGGCUGGAACCUUCUCAAAUAGGUUUUUUUUUUCCAAAUUUCUCUACAUUUCUUGACGUUCAUAUUGUGUUUAUUAUCUUACAAAGGCCUCCAAUAGUUGAAUCAACCUCUUACACUGUCAUCAAUACAUAACUGUAAAUUAUUCCUUCUAAGCUAAAUACUUGCCAAAAAAAUGCUGGCUGAACUUUAAGUUCUUGGCAAAUUAUUACAAUACAACACCCUUAAAAUUGUUUCUGAAAAUUAUUACAUCCUACUUCCUAACAUCAAGAUUAUAUACAACUAAUAAUAGUCUUAUUGUACCAACUAAAUAUUAAGUUUAGACCACAGCUUUUUAAAAGUAUAAGCAUUCACUGUGCUGCAUUUGAGAUCUUUGG